AUGUUAGGGCGUUUAUGCUUACCGUCUUGCUCUGCCACAGUAUCCAGAUCCAUUCGCAAACUAUCUGUACCCAACGAAAAGACGCUGCAAGCUGUAGUUGUUGACGUUGAGGAAGCUGGGCCUCGACUUGAUAUUUCAGGACUCAAGCCUCGCCAUCGGGAAAUUGAGGAGGAACAAGCCAUUGGACUUUAUCGAGAAUAUGACUUAUGUGUGAGGGAAAUGAAGGCACUUAAGCAAAAGAAGCAGGCCAAAGAGGCGGCUAGGAUAGCGGAAUUGGAAAAGAAUCUCGAAAAAUAUCCAGAAGUGCUUGCCAAGUACGAAGCUUCGCAGAUCAAGGCGGAAAAGGAGCGUGAUGAAAAGGAGAUUGCGCUGGAGAAUCGAAUACGGGAGAUCCAAGAAUACUUUGGCUAUUGGAUGGAUCCUAAAGAUCCACGGUUUGAAGUCAUGCUCCAACAAAAGGAACUGGAAGAGAAAAAGGUAAUUAGUGGCGGCCAAGCAAGCACGGAGGGCGGAGAUGCAGAAAAAGAAGAUAGCGGAAGUAGUUUAAUGACAGCUAUUUGUCAGUCGUUAAUGUCCACAUACCAACAGCCUUCAACUUUCCUAAAUUUUUGUCACAUCCUUUUGAGUAUACUCUUGAGACGGUUAUGCUUUUUAGGCAUGACGGAUGUGACGAUGAGCCAAGUAGAACCAGCGGCUGUUCCGUGCUCUACGAAAAAGCCUGCGGUGCCAUCAGUUGAGUGUAGUCUGCAUCCACUUGUCAUUAUAAACAUUUCCGAGCACUGGACGAGGAUGCGAGCGCAAAGUCGGGACAAAACUGCUCAGAAGGUGUUUGGAGCUGUGUUGGGUAAAGUCGAUGAAGGUCACGUCGAAAUGGUGAAUUCGUUCGAGUUGCGAAUGUUCACGCUGGACGGUCAUUGCAGGUUUAAUGAAGAAUUCUUACGUCAAAGGCUCAGUCAAUAUAAAGAGGUGUUCCCGGAAUUAGAAGCUGUUGGUUGGUAUUGUACUGGUUCAGAUGAUCUUGAGCAAGACGAAAUUUUGUUGCAAUCUCUCUUUGCUGUAGCCAUUGACUCCCCAUUGCUAGUGAAAUUGAAUCCAACUGUAGAUUCACAAGCAAAAAGGAAAGUCCCAGUGAAAGUGUACUACAGUCGAGAGACGCCUCUUGUUUCAUCAGGACAUGAACUUGUUGAAGUUGAUUGGACGUUGAUUUCUGAACAAAGUGAACGGAUUGGGAUCGAUCACAUCGCUCGGUUGUCGCAAACAAAGACGAAUAUUCUCGGCUCAAUCACUGCUUGGCGCAGCAUAGCCACCGUCCCUACGCAACAAAUGAAGAAGAAGUCCCAGCGAGCGACCGCUUCGGCUACUCCUGCAGCUCCUAUAGCUGCUGAUGUCGGAUCAAAUCAUGAUGGUGAGCUGGUCUAUCAUCGAGUAUUGCGGGUUGACCGAGAAUUCGUCAUGUGGCUACUGCAAGAACUCAGGCCGAAAAUCAUCCCUAGGUCGGGGAAGUAUAUUUAUAAACCAACGAUGAGUCGAACGUGUUGUCCUCAGUACACGAUUAGACUCGAUUCGACAAAAUUCGUGCUGUCGCGAAGCCAACGACGGGUCCUUCGCCAAAUGAAUGAGUUUUUGAAAAACGGUACGAAGCCCAGGAGUCGACAAAAGGAGGAGACUCCACUUGAGAAUACCUCAUCAAAGACAGCACCACGGAUCAAGGAAUCUGGUGAUGUCAAGUCUUCUUCGCAGAAGAUGGUUGAUAAGUCCAGCAAUCCGGUUCAGAAGAAGAAGGAAAUUCGUCGACAACGAUGUUAUGCUCGAUGGCGUGCUAAGGGACUAGAUGAGGAGGAAAUGAAACGAAUUAGAGCUGCUAAGGAGGAAGCACGACGAAGAACGGUCGAGUCGUAUAUUUUAGAACCAGAUGAAACAUGGAAACAUAGACUGGAGGUAAUUACAAAGAAAUAUUUUGAAUUUCAACCGAGA